CUUGUAAACAAAGUGGCUAGCUAGCACCGUUAGCAUCAACUGUGUUGUCAGCUGGAGGACCUCGCUCACUUCGGCCGCGUUUGCUUUAAACAUUUGCACAUUUUGGAUAUCUGUUGUCGUUCUUGUAUCGUAAUAAGAAGCUGAAACCUGCCCUGUGGAACAAUUUAUGCAGGAUUUCCUACCAUGCAAGCUACUACAAAGUGAAAGUCUGGGCAGAUGGGGUCGUAACGUUGCUUCAGAUUGAGCUUUUCCACUCUCUGGUUAGCCACUCACCUGUUAUAUAACACGCUUAGGUUACACAUGGAUGAACUGCAGUAUCAUGCCAGUCGCUAAGGACUAGGAAGAAGUGUGAGAGGUGAUCUUCCCAACCUUGGAUGCACAGACUGCGUACGGAUGUAAGAAAUUGGAUCUUUGUAUAAAUGCACGUAACUGCAUGCAGAUUUAGGACCCUGGCCUGAUGGAAAAGAGAGACAGGAAGCCUGGAUAUUUUGCCAGGCUGAAAAAGCGGAAACAGAUCAAGGGGAACCAAUCGGAGAAGAAUGUGACUGAGCCGAACCCGACAAUCAUCUCCUGUCCUGACAGCGACCCCAACAAGAAGACAGAGCUGCAGAGAGUGACAGGAAAGCCAGAUGAUGGCUGUAAAGUUAACAGUAAGGCAAAGAUGGAGAAGACAAGGCCACCGGGGACAGUGGAGUUCAUUGUGGGACCUGAUGAUUCCCUCAACAGCAUCGCACUCAAGUUCAAUAUCACCCCAAAUAAACUGGUCCAGCUGAACAAGCUGUUUUCUCACAGCAUCUACCCCGGGCAGAAGCUGUUUGUUCCUGAUGUGAGCCAGUCAGAAACUGACCUCAAGUCUCCGAGUUCCUCUGAGCCAACCACUAACAACGUGUCAGAGAAGUCAUCACAUAACGGCGCUCUAAACUGCAGGUCGGCAAAGGCCCUCCGCCGUGAGCUCUCCCCGAACUCAGAGGACGAGAGUCCGCUGACGGUCAAAUUCAUAAAGAUGAGCUGCAAGUAUUUCACCGAUGGCAUGGGUGUUGUUGGAGGCGUGUUAAUUGUGACGCCCAACAACAUCAUGUUUGACCCCCACAAGUCAGACCCCCUGGUGAUCGAGCACGGGUGCGAGGAAUACGGCCUCAUCUGCCCGAUGGAGGAGGUCGUCUCUGUAGCGCUGUAUGAUGACGUGUCGCGCAUGAAGCUCAAGGACGCUCUGCCAUCAGACCUACCCCAGGAUCUGUGUCCUGUGUACAGGCCUGGGGAGUGGGAGCAGCUGCCAUCAGAGCAGGAACUAAACCCCUUCAGCCGCUAUGAAGCUCUGGAUCCCAAACGACCAAUAGUUCUGGAUGAAAUUGAAUCAACUCUCUCUGAAACUGUGAGUACAGUGGGUGAGCAGACGGAGAAGUCUCCAUCAGAUGAGGGCUUUACCGAACUGGAGCCGACUAUUAACGGGAGCACAGACGAGGUAGAGGGACCAUCCUCCAAAACACUCAGCAGUGACCAACAUGAACUGCUAGAACCGAGCGGUCCAGGCCAGGGAGAGUGCCAGAACCAAACUCAAGGGAAGCUGGAUGAUGAAGAUGAAGGUGUAGCUCAGAACAGCUCCAUCGAUGGAGAGUCUAUACAGUCCUUCUUAGAGACUGAAAAACAGGGUGACUUGCAUGAUAAACCUAGAACCCAGGUGGUAACUGAAACCAAAGAUGCAAAAUGUGAAGGAACUGAAGAGCUGCUAAAUGGUGUGGAUGAUAAAAUAACAAGUGCACCAGUGAACCAAAACAGGAGGCAGAGUCUGAAGGAGGCGUCGGAGGUUCACGAGAAGUCUGACCCAGACAGACCUGCGGAGGGGGAUGAACUCGGUGAGGAGGAGAGGCAGAAGGAAAACUACGAGGCGGAGAUAAAGUCCUGGCUGCUGCAGAGAAUGCAGGCUCCAAUAGAAGCCAUGCUUUUCUCAUCAGAGGAGAAGAGCAAAAACCCGCCCAUGUUCCUCUGCUUCAAAGUUGGAAAGCCAAUGCGGAAGUCCUUUGCCACUUGCAUGACAUCUAGUCCCGCACACUCAUUCGGGAGCCGAGGAAAGCAGCCAGAGUAUUGGUUUGCUGUGCCACAGGAAAGGGUGGACGAUCUGUAUGCCUUUUUCGUUCAGUGGUCCCCAGAUGUGUAUGGGAAGGAGGCUCGAGAGCAGGGCUUUGUUGUGGUGGAGAAGGAUGAGCUGGACAUGAUCGAUAAUUUCUUCAGCGACCCUGCGUCUUGCAGCUGGGAGAUCAUCACCAUUGAUGAGGCUAAGCGUAGGCAGAGUUUUGGCAGCAUCGACGGAGACUUUUCUAUGGAUGCACUGCCCAUGCUCAGUGAUACAAGUGAUCUGCUGCAGGACACACACAUUGAGAAGCUGGCCUGUCGUUUGCCUGCCCGUGUGCAGGGCUAUCCAUGGAAACUGGCCUACAGCACAGAGAAACAUGGGACCAGUCUGAAGACUCUGUACAGGAACCUAGCAGAUGUCGACAGUCCUGUGCUACUGGUCAUCAAAGACAUGGAUAACCAGAUAUUUGGGGCAUUUUCGACUCAUCCCUUCAGAGUGAGCGAGCACUGCUACGGCACUGGGGAGACCUUCCUUUACAGCUUCUGCCCUGAAAUCAAGGUGUACCGCUGGACAGGGGAGAACUCCUACUUUGUGAAAGGCAAUACUGAUUCACUGCAGAUGGGAGGAGGAGGUGGUCAGCUGGGUCUGUGGCUGGACGCCGAGCUGUACCGAGGCACGACCACCAAAUGUGCCACCUUUAACAACCAGCCGCUGUCCUCCCAGCAGGACUUCAACAUCCACAGUCUGGAGGUCUGGACCUUCGAGUAACCUCAUCUUCUCCAUCUAAAGUCACUCUCCCUAAACCUUAAACACCACCCAAUUCUAUUAUGCACCACUUGGCGGCAAACCUAAGUACCCACAAACGACGCUAAAUGUUCUGCGAGUGAAGUUCAGAAGGUCCUAGUGGCGCUGUGCUGACUGAUGGCAGAGCUGUCAGUCUUCUGUAGCCUGUUUUUGAAGUGGGUUUGUUGAUCAGGUGGGGUGACGAGUUUAUGCCUGGUUCACCAUCCGUUCAAAGGUGAAGAUGGAAGGGAAUGUUUUUGCUCUUGGUUCAUUGGCUGCCUUAGACAUCAGACAAAGCCUCCAGCUUCCCCAGCAUGCAGAGACUGCCUUACCACCAUAAGCUUGUGAGGAGAGAAUGGCUGCUUUUUCUUUUCUUUUUUUGACCCUGUGGCUGUGAGGACUAAAGAAGCCGAUCUGCUGAUGAUACUGUUGAGAUGACCCCCAAAAGAGCUGAUUUUUAAGUCUUUACUGAAAGAACAGGAGUCCCACAAUACUAUAUGUUGAUUGAAUAAUUGUUGAUAUAAUUUGUAUUUUGAGGAAUGUACAGAGAAUGGCUCUUUUUCUUUCUUUUCCUUUUUUUUUGAACUUCAAAAGUUCAGAUCCUCCGCCAUCAAAUUAAGCUUCAGUGUGUGUGUGUGUGUGUGUGUGUGUGUGUGUGUGUGUGUGUGUGUGGGGGCGGGCGUGUUUACAGAGAAAGUGUUCACUUGCCAUGGAGCACUUGUUGCGAACGCUGUCUUUAAUCUCUUGUUGUUUUGGAGUUUUUCCAAGUGAAAUGAACGAAUUUUGUUUGCAUUUCCUCACAACUGCAUAUAAUGUUCACAUUCCCUGUCCAGUCCAAAACAGCUGGUAGAGCCAGGAAACAUUUGCAGUGACCAAAUAUGUUCUGUUUAAUGAAUUAAUUUCAUAUUUGUCAUGUCAUUUUAUAAAUAUAUUUUUGCAUUCUGUUUUUACAAAGAAUGUUUGCUUUAUUUUUACAGUUUUCUUUACAAAAAUUUUGCUUUGUUUUUGUUUUGUUCUGUUGACUUUUUUUCAGUAUUGCACUUUGCCUGAUAAUUUAGUUAUUUUGACUAAUUUGUGGUCAGUGUCGUUCAGAGACUUGCAGCCAGUAGAAGUUUAACAUGAUGUCACUUUGCACUGCAGGAUAAAUUGACAGUCCGUGUGGUGUUGUGCCCUAAAGCUUUUCUACAAUGUAAAUUUGUUACUGAAUGUCACGGAAGGAGGGAAUCUGCCUGUCCAACCUCCUUUAAAAAGGGAUGAGAAAGGGAUACUUUUUUUUUUUUUUUGCACAAUGACCUGCCACUAACUAAAGAUUCAGAUCUACUAACACAGGAAGGAAAUGUCCAUUUAUGCCCGUUGUAUCUGAUACAGGCUUGUAGUGCAUGAAUAUGCAAUACUGCAACUGUCUGACACCACUGAUGAGGAUCCCUGCCGUACUAUAUUCACUAAUGUGGUUAGCGCUUCAUGUGCAAAUGAGCUUGGUUGUCUUCAGCUGUUCAGUGUUGUAGCUGUGAAGUAUUAUUUCUUGUGAAUCCCAAACUGCUGUGUUCUGUGAUAUCAUGAUCUAUUUAUUGUGUUGUCACUGCAACUACAUUUAAAAUUAAAUAAAUGUUAAAUAUAUACAUA